AAUUUUAGUGGGAAGUGAUGCAUUUGAAUUUGGGAAUACGGGUCGGAAAAUGGAAUCUUAGACGGUGAAAGAUUCCGUUUUCGAUUAACUUUGCGUUAAAAGGAUGGAGGUUGUUAGUGAUGUGGAAGAUGCGCCGCCGACCACCGGUAUGAGGAACCAAAACGGAAGUUACGUGCCGUUGGAUAUUGAAAAUGAUCUCAUAAUCGAUCAAAUAUUUACACGUCGAACGAAUGGCCUAAGUUUUACGGAUUACCAGAGCUUGUCUAAGAGCGACGCAGAGAGCCCUAUUUCCGUCGCUGUCGUGCUGAAAACAUUUUUCUUGAUAAUAAUUUGGUACACGAUCAGUACAUUUCUGACGCUGUAUAAUAAAACUUUAUUAGGGGACGAUAUGGGGAAAUUUCCUGCUCCGCUUUUGAUGAACACGGUCCACUUUUCCAUGCAAGCUGCUUUAUCGAAGGCUAUUACGUGGUUUUGGUCCGAAAGAUUUUAUUCCCCUGUUAUGUCUUGGAAGGACUAUUUUGCAAGAGGUAAGAGGUUUUUUACGCCUCGUUUUUUUAUCACGACUUCCUAG